AUGCGUUCGGCGCGAUCGCGGAACGUUCCCAACGAAAACAACUGGGACGCAGAAUCGAAUCGAAAACAUCGCGAUGAUGAUUUCGACGAGAAGGACGACGAAAACAAAAAGUAUUUAUUCGGAGACGGGAAGAAGCAUCGAUACGUGCGGUACAUGCUCAACGUUCCGAUGAAAUUAGGGAGGAUGAAACUGAUUUUAUUGACGUUGGUUGGGUUUCUGGUUUUGUUUUCCGUCGUCUUUAGCGGAAGGAGUGAGAGUCGUAUCUCGACGACUUUGGGGGCGAGCGGAAACCACCGUCGGAGUAAUCAUCAUCGCGCGAACAACAACAACAAAGGAGAAGAAGAUGAUGAUGAAGAAGAAGAAGAAGGGAACGAGACAGACGACAACGAGAGCUUAGAUUUAUCCGGAGGAGAUGAGGAGGAGGAGACCAACGCCGACGACAACGAAAAGGAACAACAAACGCAAGAUGACUUGGACUCCUCGGAGCAAAGGCUAGAAGAGUUGUCCGUGGCUUUACGAAAGAGAUACGCUAAAGACAUCAAUCGAAAAGGGAGUGAUUUACGAGACAAUAACAGCAACAAUAACAUUAAAGAGCAGCGAGUGAAGAACGAGAAAGAGUUGGAGCGCGCGGCGCAAAGUGGGAACGAUCGAGAUAUUGCGUCGGCAAUGUUGAUGAAGUUGGUGUUGGAUCGAGCGGAGAGCGAUAGAGAAGUGGAGGUGGACGAUGGCGACGACGACAGCGGGAAAGUAAUUAAAUGGGAUGCCGUGAGAGCGGCGUUGAAUGCCAGGUUUGAAGCGCAGAGGCAACAAGCAUUAGCGAGAAGGGAGAGAGAGCGAGAGAGAAAGAAGAGAGAGGAAGCGCGAAGAGCGAAAGAGGCGGCGGCGAACGCGGCGGCGCAUAAGCUGAACAAACCGAAACCGCAAAAGCCGCACACGCAGGCACAGAUUAUUGCGGCGGAGCAAAAAGCCAAGGAGGCGUUCGAGGCGGAGCAAAGAGAGACGGAAAGGAUUAAUAGACAGUUGGAGUUGGAGGAAGCGAGAGCGGAGGAAGUUCGAUUGGAGAUGCAAAAAUUGGAAGCGGCGAGACGAGAGGCGACGGCGAGAGUAGAGUUGGCGAGACUAGACGCCGAACAGCACCACAAAGAGUCGGAAAAAAUCCAAAAGAGAGCGCAGAUGCGAUCGGAGGCGAGAGAAAAGGCGGCGGCGGCAAAAGAUGCCGCGAAGAGACGUGAAGAAGAGCGGAUACAAAAAGAAAUCGACGAGCUCAGGCAACAGCAAGCGUUGGCGGAAGAGAAAUUGAGAGCGGCGACGUUGCAAGAUCCUCUCGUGGCCAAAGCGGCGGCGGAGAAGCGGGAGGUGGAGAUGAAAAUGGCCGCACGAUUAGAAACGUUGAAGAAGCAGCAGCAAGCAGAGAUAGAUAAGCGCGAAGCCGCGGAGAGAGAGAAGACGAUAGCGGAAGCGGUGAAAUUCGCCCGGGAGAAAGAAAUCGAAGACGAGAGGAAAGCGAGAGAGGCGGAAGAGGCAGAAGAGGCGACGAAAGCGGCGAAAACUACCGCCGAUAAGGACCGACAGAAACGCGCGUUGAACAGAGCGGCGAACGCGCAAGGUGCGGCAUCGCACGCGCACGCCGCGAACGAACACGCCGCGGCGCAUAACGCCAAAUCGCACAGUUCGAGAAACUUGUUAGUCCCUCCGCCGUCGAAACUUAGCGGACGAUGGGUCACUGACGCCAACGGUAUGUCUAGAUAUUACACUAACGACGCCAACGAAGCGCAUCGAAUGAACAAGCAACACGGUCCGAGACACGACGAAUCGUUCGAAGCCGGGUUCGGUGCGCAACACAAAACCAUAAAAGAGAAGAAAAGAGACACGACGAAACAAAUGUUGAAGGAAGAGUUGGAAGCAAUGGCGGCGAACGUCGACGACGAAGAAGAAGAAGAAGGAGAAGAAGAAGAAGAAGAAUAA